UAAACUGGACUAAAAAGUCAUUGUCAUCAUGGCGAACACUGGCAUGCAGCUGAUCAGCUUCACCUGCGCAGUGACCGGCUGGAUCAUGGCGAUCGCUGUCACGGCCUUGCCCCAGUGGAAGGUCUCGGCCUUCAUCGGCAGCAACAUCCUGACGUCAGAGAUCAAGUGGGAAGGCAUCUGGAUGAACUGCAUCUACCAGACCACUGGUCACAUGCAGUGUAAGACGUAUGACUCCCUGCUGGCCUUGCCUCCAGACAUCCAGGCGGCCCGCGCCCUCAUGUGUCUGGCCAUCUUCAUGGGCUGGCUCUCCUGCACAGUGUCCUGCUGCGGCAUGAAGUGCACCACCUGCGCCGGGGACGACCGCCGAGCCAAGGCGGGCAUCGCGCUCUCAGGCGGGGUUCUCUUCAUUCUGACCGGCCUGUGUGUGCUGAUUCCCAUUUCCUGGACUGCUAACACCGUCAUCCAGGAUUUCUAUAACCCCAAUGUGCCAUUGAUGCACAAACGAGAGCUGGGUCAAGCUAUUUAUCUGGGCUGGGCCGCUGCGGUUAUUCUCAUGAUCAGUGGAGCUGUGUUGAGCAGCACCUGUCCCCUCAUGGAGAGGAGCGGCAGGUACCGCAGGGGCUACAUAGGCCGGAGCUUUGCUAAUUCCCCCGCUUCAGCACCAGAUCCCCCAAAACCUAUCACAUUUAAUAGUGUACCAUUAAAAGAGUACGUAUAGGAAGAGGAGGAAGGAACAGCAGCGGGUGGAGAGGGAGGAAGUUUAAAAGUGAAUGCUGUUGAAAACUCUGGGUUCUUUCCUAAAUUUGCUGUCAAGUUUUAAGUAUUUAUUUGUAAACUAUAAGUACAUACGCAUAGUUUAUAUAUUUAUUUAGUAAUAUAUUCAACCUAUAUUUUGUAUAUCUCUUUGUAAUGUGAAAUGUGCUUUCACGUUUGUUUGAAGUUUGACUUUGACUGCAUUGUGAUUUAUAGUAGUCUGAAGAAAGCCCAUUGCCUAUAUUGUCAAAUCGAAAGGUAUGACCGUUAUGAUGGCUUUAAUGGUGGCUUGUGUUGUGCAGAUUGCAGUGAUUUCUUAAGCAGUUUUUCUGUGACAUUGCCUCUUGAUUUGUCACAUGAAGCCUUGACUGAGUGUGC